GUGUGAUUAUGAGUAUAUAUAUAUAUGUGUGUGUGUGUAUCCCUCCUUUAGAGCAAGAAUAGCAUUUCUGAGUCUAAAGAGAAAUUGCAUAAAAGCGUUGUCCAUGUAUAGAAAGCAGUUCAACAGGGUCUCACAAAAUGAACAGAAUACAAAUACAAAUAAAUCCUUUUUUUUUUCAAAACCUUAGCCGAGACAGCAUCAAGGUAAUGAAAUGCAAAAAGACAGUGACGUAUGGACAUGCGACAAGGGACUUGUCCUGCGCAUGGAUGCACGUCUUUAUUUUUCAUUUAGAUGUUUAUAUCACUCAAAUCAUCAUAAAGUGCAUACAACGCAUAAUAAUGAAACCGUCGCCAUGAUUGAUUACACGAAUCUAUAUAUUAAGAACCUCGAUGCAGACGUGACAAGCUAUGACUUAUUUAAACACUUUAGAGGCUUUGGUAAAAUCAUAUCAGCAAGAGUCAUGAAGGAAACAGCGACAGGUAUUUCCAAGGGAUAUGGAUUUGUCAGUUUUACCACGAUGGAAGAAGCGAGUGAAGCAUUAGAGCAAAUGAACGGCGUUUUAUUGAAUACCAAGCAUAUGAUCGUCACCUAUCAUACACAUAAAAAGCCACUCCAUCACCAUCAGAGCAGUCAUCACAAGCAGCAGCAGCAGCAGCAGCAUCAUCGUGCAUCACCACCACCACCACCACCCCCCUCCACCUAUCCCCAGCACCAUCUACAUCCUAUGAAUACCAGUCCUCCCACCCACGGUCAUCCGAUGGUGUCGAACCAUAGUAGUCAUAGUAAUAGUAGUAAAAACUCACAACACUCACCCCCCUACUCUGCUAAAAACCAUUAUCCACAGCACCCUCCUCAUCGCCACCACCCACACUAUCCGGCCUCUUCUUAUUCAUACCCAGCUUACCCACAUUAUCAGCCACACUACUAUGGCAGUAGUAAGAAUGAUGACAAUCCUUGGAAUGAGUCCAAUGGUCUUUGGAUGCAUUACACAAAGCCAACGCCGUCUUAUCCACCCCCCACCACCACGCCUGCUAUCCGUGUUUUGCCCUCCCACCCGAAAGGAAUGACCGUUGCUGACGAUGACAACCCCACGGCUACGAUGGGUGCUACUUUGCCUUUGCUUCCUCUUGGUUCACCCUCUCAACCGCCCUCACUGUCACCUCCACCACCCACAUCCUCAUCAAAGCAGCAGCAACAGCAGCAGCAGCAACAGCCUUACUAUUAUCCUACGACGGCUCCUGAUAACCUACUAUUAUUACACGACAACAGUAUUCAAAUCCAAAAAUUACGUGAAGCCAUCUCUCUUCAACUCAAAGCGUGCCAAAAAAAGGAUCUCGACGAUCUGGUGGAUUUGAUUCAAUCUUUGAAAAAACGCGAACUUUCACUUUGUUUAUUCAAUCCUUCUUUUCUAAGACAAAAGAUAGAGGAAGCCUAUGAAGCCCUUUAUUUAUUCCAAACAAACACGGAUGCGACGGUGGGUGAUGCAGCUGUGGGUGUUUCAUCCACCAACGACCACCACCACCACCACCACAACAACAACAACAACAACAACAGCAGCCACCAUCAGAGAACCAUGUUGACAGCGCAGCAUCAACAACAACAACAACAACCACCUCAGCAGAACGCAGCACAAACGCCUACGACCACACCCACGACCACAACGACAACGACAACGACCCAUACCUCUUCCUCCUCUCCCCAUCUCGUCUCCACCCAUACACACUAUUAUGAUCUCCAGUCUGUCCAUGCGAUUUUGGCUUCUUUAGAAGGGAUGACAUCCAAUAAGAAAAAGAGAAUCUUUGGCGACCUCUUUUUCCCCUAUGUCAAAGCAACGGGUGUCAAGCAUGCUCCAAAAGUAACCAUUCGGUUAUUAGACACCGUUCCAUUACAACAGUUGGCUUAUUGUAUGUUUGAAAAGCCAGAAUUGACUCGAAUGGCGUAUCAAGUGCAUGAAGAACUGUAUGCAAAGGAGGGUCAUCCUCAGGGUCCAUCUUCUCAGACCAAGAAGGACCCCCCUCCUCAGGGUAGCGGUACGGAGGCGGUGACGGUCGCUGCUCGUCCCUCCACCCUGAGCCAUGAGCGUAGUGGUAGUACAGACAGCCAACAACAACAACAACACACGUCAGAAAAUGAGAAGAACGGGGACAGAUAA